AUGGAGCGAGAGACUGCGAGACGGAGAGUAGAAUCAACGGCGAGAGAGGUCUUCUACUUCAUCACUGCCAAGAUGGACGCACUCAGAAGUGGAAACUUUUCCGUUAAUGAGAGGCGCUAUCCAGUGACCUUCACCGGCUGCGUCACGUGGACAAAGACGAGGAAUGGCGAGACAGCGAGUCCAGACGACUUGGAGAACUCGUGCAGCGACGUCUCCAACAGCUGCAGAACCCACAGAACUGCAGCGAAGCGAAACUUGUCGUCUGCAACUUGGGGAGACACAUUCGGCUUCGGCAGCAUGUUGCACGAGGCGACGAUGUGUCUGUUGACGGCCUACGCCACACACCGGACACUUGUUCUCACAACCAACGGCUGGAGAUUCACCCCGAGCACCUGGGACACCUUCAUGAUGCCGCUGUCUACCUGUACAGCCAAUGACACUACAGACAUGGACCCUAAAAAUCAGACAGCUUCUGCUCGUGUCGUUGAACUCAAAAGUCUGAUAGGAGACUGGAACAAUUCAUCUGCCAACUUUCGUCCUCGCGCCAUCCCAGCAGACCUGGCCAAGAGGUUAAAGACCUUCCACGGUGACCCCCCGACCUGGUGGGUCGGUCAGCUGGUCAGCUUCCUCCUGCGUCCUCAGCCUCACUUGCAGCAGACCAUCCAGACACAAGGCGAGAAAAUGGGAUUUCAUCGUCCUAUAGUGGGCCUUCAUGUGAGACGGACAGACAAGGUGAAUGACCAGGCGGCGUUACACAGUGUGGAGGAGUACAUGAAGCACGUGGAGCAGUAUUACGACCUCAGACAGCAGCACGAGGACAUCAAAGAACGCCGACUGUUUCUAGCAACUGAUGAGCCGUCAGUGUUUACUGAACUUCAGAAAAAGUACCCGCAAUAUAACAUUAGCCGGGUGGAAGGCAGCGCGACAGCAGCGUCUGUAAAUUCCCGUUACACCAAAGAUGGACUGAGUGCAGUACUAGUGGACCUGCACUUCCUGUCCAUGUGUGACUUUGUCGUCUGCACCUUCACUUCAAAUAUCUGUCUGGCGGUGUACGAGCUGCUACAGACCAGACAUGGCGACGCCUCCAUGAAGGUGUAUUCUCUGGACUCCUCAGUCUAUUGUCUCACAUACUACGACAUCCACUACCUGCGAGCUGUUUUCAACCACGAAGCACGGUUCGUCGGAGAACUCUCUCUUUCAAGUUGGGGAUCUCGUCCAUGUUGAGUCCUACCUUUUCGGCAAUAGGGAUCGUUCAUUAUCUGGUAACUUAAGAAACGGCUCCACCUUUGGCAUCAACAAACGGACAGGAAAACGAGGUCUGUUCCCCUCCUACAAGGCCGUGGAUGAAAUCGUAGAAGAAAACAUGGGGGCAUACGACUAGAAUAAGAUGACACAACAACUGAAGUGAUGCUGAGAAUGUAAAGUGCGAAUAUGUGUUGUUAUGUACACAUUUUGUGACCAAUAACAAUAUAUUCUGUCCGGUUAUUUUAUGAAACAUUCAUCAACAAAUACGAAAAAUGAAGUUCUACAAGGCCUUUGAUUAAAUCAGACGUGUAGAUGACUGGGGUGUAAAGGGAGUGCAAGGAGAGUGAUAGCUGGGUUACCUCCCUUACAUCGUGUAUGGUGGAGGUGGCACAUCGUCGCUAGUGGCCUUUAAAGCUCACAUUGCUCCAUGCAGCAGUAUUAUUCUAUCACGCAGUUGUUUGCUGUUCUUUGUGUCUGUAAAUCUGUGGCUUGAGAUAGUUUGGUACUGUUCUGCCAUGUCAUGAUUUAUUUCCUGGUGUAUUUAAUGAAUUGAGUUCAGACAAUAAAAUUCCAGUUUUGUU